AUGUCCGAUAUUAAAAUUACUCCGAGAUAGCAUGGGAGAUCCAAAACAAAAACAAUUGAUAACAUUUAAGUUUAACAAAAAAAGCCAGGAAUAACAAAUGAUCGAUUAGUCGUUAAUAAAUUAGGACUGAAAUUCGAUCCGGUUUGUUGGAAAAAGACACACGAGAAAGGGAGAAUUCAAUACGUUUGCAUAGAAAAAGAUUGUAAGGCUGACAGAAGAUUGGCAUGUGCACAUUGCAUAAUUGAAGAACACGAUUAGCAUGUUUCGAAUAAGAUAACAGUUGAGUAAUAUUGUGAAGCAUUCGAGUACAAUUAUAAGUAAUAUGUGUUAUAAGUAGCAAAAAUGGAGGAAAACUAUAAAAAAUGCAAGAUGAUUGAUGUUAUAGAAUAAAUUGAUAGAGACAUGAAUACCAUAUUUGAAAUAAUAAAAUACCAACUAAAAACAGUGAGAGACAGGUACGUCUAAGACAUGCAAACUCAUUCCGAAACAACUAAUGCAUCUUUGAUAUAAAGUUUUAAUGAUGAAAGACAGAUCCUAUCAAAGAUGAAGGAGUAUGCAAUUAAAAACCUCUAUGAGAUGACUCCCGCUGAAAUGGAUCAUAGCUUAUUAUUAAUCGGAAGCAGUCACAUCGAAUAAAUAAUAUAUAAACUAACCACUUUUGAAGACCAGAGUGCCACUAUCUCUAGUACAUUGAAGGCUUAAUGGAAAUUGAUAUAUGAAGAAUUAGAAGAGAAGUUAGGAGAUGUGAUCUCUUAGAUUGGAUAGUAUAAUUUAAAUGUCUAAAAACCCAGUGGAAAAAGAACUCCAAUUGAUUAAGUUAAUAUGCUAUUACAAGAUCAAAAGUAUUAAGAUAUGACAGCGUAAUAUACAACUACAACUAAUAAGUCUGAAUCCAUACAUAUGUCAACCUUCUAAAGAACCAAUUACUCAUAGUAGCCACUGCUUAAGCUCUAACCAAUUUAACUAUUUUAGCAUCUCUAAUGUGUAGACAAACAACUCAACAAGCCUAACACAUCUAAAUUUGCAGACUCAGUUUCAGAAAGUGUAAAGUAGAUAGAUAGUCCGAAGGAUCAUACGAAAAGCAUCAAAUAGGUAGCUGGAUCAUCAGAUGUAGUAUCUCCUUUGAAAAGUGAAUUGAAUUCAAAAUAACCAACAUCAAAAUAGAAUUCUUUGAGGAACCUAAUGCUGAAGAAUCAAAAUUAACCUCAAUAAUUGAAAGAUGUCAAUAAUUAAACAAUCAACAAUAAUUGUAACCAAAAAUAAUAGACAUAACUUCGAUAAAUCAGUCCAAAUGGAAUGCAUUAUUAUUAUCAAAGUGAUGGUAAGAAAUUGGAUGGAAAAAGAGGGAAUCAUCUGCAAUCACAAAGUUCUUCAUCUCUAAAUUAGUAAUCAUUAGAUAAAAGAGUGUCUGCAUAGAAACUUUAAAGCUAUCACAUUCCUUGCAAUUACAAUAAUAUGAAGUGCAUACAUAAUGAUAUAAUUAAGGCAAGUCCAGUCUUUACAUGUUGUAAUUAAGCAUACCCUUGUUAUGAAUGUCAUGAUUAGGUUGCCAAUCACAAAGCCCAUAUAACAAUUCCAUCGUAAAGAUACUGUUCAAUUUGCAAAGAAAUUUUCACAGUGAAUCUAUUGUCAACAGUGGAUGUGAAAUGCUACCAUAAGGGUCUAGUUGAUUAAGAGUAAUCUCAAAACAAUCCUCAUUCAUGA